AUGGCUUAUCGUAAAGAGAAUCAAAGAAAAAAUAACCGUCAGAACGUUUGGAAUAACUCCGAAGUUACUGAUGUCACGUCUGAGUUAGAAACAGUCAUUAAGGAAACUAAAGAAAGAGUUAAAAAGCCAAAAUUUUUUAUUGAAGAAAAUGUUAAAGAAAAAGAAAAGGCCAAUACACUUAUGCAAGGCGACCUUAAUGAUUGUUGGUUUAUUGCUGCUUUAACUGCUAUUAUAAAUCCAAAUCUACUUGAAAAUCGUCACAAAAAAAAGGAUGAUGUAAAUAAAGAUAAUGUAGAUUCAGAAAAUCCAAAUCUACUUGAAAAUCAUCACGAGAAAAAGGAUGAUGUAGUUAAAGAAGAUAAUGUAGAUUCAAAAAUUCCAUAUCUACUUAGUAAUCUUUGCGUUGAAAGAGAUGAAAAAGAUGGUAGAUGGGUGCCAUCAAUUGUUGAUGACCAAAUCUUUGUUAACGGAAAAAGUGAAAAUGGAAAAUGGAACAAAUCUUCCAAUCAAAAUGAAGUAUGGCUUCCUCUAAUCGAAAAGGCAUUUGCUAAACUUCAUGGGGACUAUGAAAGCAUUGGUGGUGGUUUUACUGGUCAAG